GGAGCUGAAUCAGAGCUGCUGCAUUUGAGCGUUUCACGGGGAUGAGAGCACGAAUUUAGCAUCUCUGUUACUGCACUGAAAUUACACCGACGCACCGCAGCUUGUCCAGCCGGCAAUUCGAUUGUUGAAGACGUGAAUUGCCAUGACUGAACAACAGAGGCAGCGCACCCUCUCCACUUCUGGAGAAUCCCUUUAUCAUGUGCUGGGUGUGGACAAGGUGGCCACCAAUGAUGACAUCAAGAAAUCUUACAGGAAACUGGCCCUGAAAUAUCACCCCGACAAGAACCCUGACAAUCCUGAGGCGUCAGAAAAAUUUAAAGAGAUCAACAAUGCCCAUGCCAUCCUGAACGACCCCACCAAGCGGAACAUUUAUGACAAAUAUGGCUCGCUGGGGCUCUAUGUAGCAGAGCAGUUUGGAGAGGAAAACGUCAACACCUACUUUGUUCUGUCCAGCUGGUGGGCCAAGGCACUGUUUGUGUUCUGUGGCCUGGCUACAGGCUGCUAUUUCUGUUGCUGUCUGUGCUGCUGCUGUAACUGCUGCUGCGGAAAGUGUAAACCAAGGCCUCCUGAGGGCCAGGAUCAGGAAUUCUACGUCUCUCCUGAAGACCUGGAAGCCCAACUGCAGUCUGAUGAGAGAGAGGCUGGUGGAGGUGAGCCAAUUGUCCUUCAACCAUCAGCCACAGAGACCACCCAGCUAACAUCCGACGGCCACCACACCACCUACCGAACCGACACCGGCUUCAACUAAUGCAAUCACCCUCCGCCUGCCAGUCUACUCCCACCCCAGUCUGAAGAUCGAGCUAAGAAGUGACUCCUUUAACAACCUAUAAGAAAAGCCAACAUGGGCGAGGAGAAAAGCCAGUGAAAGUGAAACAUAAGCUGAACUCUUUCAGACAUUCCUUGUUUUCUCAUAUCCACCACCAUUACCAUUCUUUCACACUGGCUCACAUCCACCCUCGUGUAGCCCAUUAAAGAAGUGUAGGGGAAAAAACACACACCAGACAUUCACUUGUUGUUCCUUUUGUUUUUGGCAUUUAGCUUCCAUUUAUGCCUUCCCAUGAUCCUUUUACUCCUGGCAAAUUCACUUGCUGUCCUGUAGCAUGCACUGUUCACCCAGGUGUGCUUAUGUACGUUAUCCAGAUGUCCGAGCAGGAAGAACUUGUGGUUGUGUGCUUUACACUUCUCUCAUUGACUUGUCUUGCAUGUCUUGCUAACAGAGAGCAGGUUGAAGGACGACUCGGCUAGCAGCGAUGAUCAUUCUUUUAGGCCGUUCCAUGGUUUUAUUCUGUCAUUUACCACUUCUAGGAAAAAAGAGAUAUCUGACAAAAUGAUAAUAGAUAUUGCUAAUUUUUCUUUGGUCUUCUAUAUUCAUUUUUAUUAGUGUUUAUGAUCCCGUCAGUCACUGAGAGAAAACAGUGAAGCAAAGGAACCAUCAAAUAAAAGAUGUGAAAAAUCAGUUUUCAGAACUUGUGAAGUAAAAAGACUAAAAACAUUUCAGAUUUGUGCAGUUUGUGGAUGUCGUUGUGCAGCAGUCAGUGUUUUUGGUUACUGAAUCCUUCUCUCUAUAGCAUCUUGGGUUGUUGGGUUUUAGCAUUUGUCCUAUUAGCUUGGUCAUACCCCAUUCUCAUAUUAAAAGCGAUUUCCACAGUAAAUGAUGCAGCAUUCUGCUCGAUCAUAUCAGAUUAUUUCUCUCCAGUGUACAUGUCAGAAGGAAAAUAAUUUUAUAUAGAUAUACAAUGUACACACCUUGUGUGUAUGGAAGGUGUAUAUGUAUAUUAGGUGCAUUUUUGUGUUCUCAUUGUUAGAUCAUAUUUAUUCUAGUCUUAUUGCUUCUUGUGAUGUGAUCAUGGUUUACCAGCGUUCCCUCCCUCGAGGUUAAUGAGGACCUUUGCUCUAAGAUAAUGAGCGGUUCACCUGUGAUGAAAGUGUUUAUUCUGCAGCAAACAAACAAUGUUUUAGGCUUUUGGAAUGGAAUUAAGAUUUAAUACAUCAGUCAUUCUGGAUUGUACAUGUUGCUUCUCAGUCUCUGACAGUGAAACCGUUUCAGUAAAUAAUAGUUGAAUUAAAUAAUCUGUUAAAAGAGCAUUACUGUAUUUAUGCUCUGCAGUAAUCAACUGAUUUAUUUCACUGUACUGGAAAAAAAACAUGUAAAUAAUUACAUAUAGAUUAGUGGCAAGUUUUAAUAAAUGAAUUGAAUGUUAAAAUAAUGCAAUCAAAAUAUGACAAUUUUGCCUCAUUUUAUUUUCCAAUAAUUGCUAAGAUUUUAAAGUUAAUGCACUAAUAGACAAUAUAACAAUCUAAAGCUUUUUGUUUUUGUAAUGUUGCCCACCAGACUAUGUUCAUUUUCCAUUCUUGGCAUUUUGUGUAUUGUGUUUUCAGUUAGUUUUUAUGGUUAGUUCAAUCAAACUGACCAUAUUUAACAAACCAGUCUUAACUGCAGGCUGCUUGUCGUCUCAUUAUUUUUCUUCUACAUUUUCACCUCGAUUUCCAAACUCAUUGCCAGUCCUGUCGUUCUUUCAGUGUGAGUUGUGUUUGUGUAACUGAUUGACCGAUGUUCUGCUCUGGUUUUACAUGGGGGAACGUUUAAAGCCGCUCACAUCAUCAGCCAUGUCCGUUCCCCCCUGCCCACGGAGCUAAAAGGCUGCGUUGGCAUACACUGAGCUUGGCGAGUACGUGCAGAUGGAUUUUUGUCUCUCGGACACCCUCUCUGUAUCUCUUGGUCUCUCUCCUGUCUUUCCCUGCUCUUGAUGGCUUUUGAUAGUUGUUUGCAUCUGUGGUCCUUUCCUGUGCAUCCCCCCUCCUCUCCCUCCAGGCAGAAAAUACACUAGUCUGCCUCUUACAGCUUCUUUACAUUAAAAUGUUGGAAAAUGCAAUGUUAUACGUUUAAUGCCAUGGAGGACGUGAUUCCUUCUAGUCCAUGAAAGAAGAAAAUGUGUGUAAUUCUAGUGAAAUGGUAAUCUGAUGCAUUGUUUCUGUUUUAUUUAUGACCUGAUUUUGUCAUGUUUUUUAAAGACGUGUCCUUGUUUCAGAUGGUAUGUUAUUGGAUGUGGCUGUGAAACUAUGCUACUGCUAGUUAAGUGGUUAGGGUCUCAUGUACAUACACUGAAUAAUGGAGUAUAAAAAUAGAACUUUAUGUUGUAGCAUGGUUAUUGUCUGAAAGAAAACAUACAUUUAUCUGAUUUGCUGGUGUAAAAAUAAAUGUUCAUGAAUAUUUCAAA